AUGCCCUCAUCCCUGGUCUGUUGCCUGCCCUUUCUUCGAAAGGAAGAAAAGAGCAGUCUAGCCACAAAGCCGUCGUCGACUGCCACCGCCAGCAAAGACCAAUCAGAAAAGCAGACGCAGCAGUCGCCUGUAACGCCCACCACCACCAUCACGCCGUCGUCUUCCAAACUCACCAAGACGACAACCACCACCGAGACCGCCGAGAUGACUGCACUGCCGCCACACUCCCGCAACGUCGUUCUGUCCGGCGGCGCCCGCGGCGUCGGUCGUGUCGUGGCGCGCAACCUGCUGCGGAACGGCCACCGCGUCUUCCUCUUGGACUUUGACGUACCGGAGCUCGAGCACUGCGUCAGCACGCACAUGCCCGACGCCGUCGAGGGGCUCCGCGACGCCAGCCCGCCCCGCCUCGGCAGCGCCGUAUGCGACCUGCGCGAGCCGGACUCUGUGCGCGCCGCCGUGCGCGCCGCCGUCGACUUCUUUGGCGACGGCCACAUCGACGUGCUCGUCAACAACGCCGGCAUCGCACGCGCCGGCUGGACGGGCGGCCGCACCAUGGAGGACCCUUCUGUGAUGGACGAGUGGCGCGCCUACAUCGACACCAACCUCACGGGGCCUUUCGUGCUGACGCAGUCGUGCCUGCCCUACAUGAAGGCCGAGGGCUCACACCCGCCGCAGGGCCCGCCGGAGGAGUCGUUCCUCUCCCCCGAGGUCAAGGACCGCAUCAAGCAGCAGGGCGAGCGGGACGCGCAGCUCGGCCCACGCCAGCGCGGCGGGUGCAUCGUCAACAUCUCGUCGUUCCGCGCCACGCAGUCGCAGGCCGACUGCGAGGGCUACGCGUCGACCAAGGCGGGCCUGCUGGGGCUCAACCACGCCAUGGCCGUCAGCGGCGCGCGGUGGGGCAUCCGCAGCAACGCCAUCCUGCCCGGCUACAUCGAGGUGCAGCACGAGUGCCGCAAGGGCGACGAGAGCGAGAUGCGGUGGGCCGACACGGUCGAGGAGGAGCGGCACCGGCAGCACCUGACGGGGCGGAUCGGGUUCGGGCGCGACAUUAGCGAUGCCGUCGAGUGGCUCAUGGGCGCGAACUUUGUGAGCGGGCAGGAGAUUGUCAUGGAUGGCGGGGUGAGCAAGAUUAAGCAUGCUGCUGCGUGA